ACCAAACGUCGUUUCCUUGGUGAUCUAGAAUAGUAAGAAAGGACAACACAAUGAGUCUCUAAGCUCAUGGGUCACAGUUCAUUUAUGUUUUACUAAGUCUAUCCGCGGGAUUCUUACUUGAUAGUUUCGAAUUCGAGGAGAUUAUUAAGACAGUAACUUUAUCGUUAUUAAAUGUUAAUUAAUUGAAUAACUUUGAACAAUAAUGCCAUUGAUAGAACAAACGAUUACUGGUCAGGAGGUAACGAUACCACCAAGAUUGCCAACGAUAUUGAAACAAUUUUGUAAGGCAGCUAUUCGAACCCAACCCUACGAUCUUUUGAGAUGGUCCAGUGCAUAUUUUCGUGCAUUAGCCGACGGCGAGGAACCACCAGUUAAAUUGAGACUCGAAUAUCCACCACCUAGUACAGCUUCUGGUUUAACACUUGGCUUCCUUAGAGUUCUUCUACGUCAAUUUGGAGAUUACAACAAAACAUUGUCGAUCGAUGUUAUCUCACGUCGUUGGGAAUGUUUGUGUCUCGAUCGUAAAGAAUUAAAUCUGAUAAUGAUGAUAGGGAAAUUUCGUCGAAAGUGCCAAGUUAAGAAGUUUUUGGCAAUAGCCGUUGGUCUUUUAGGAUCUAGUUUACGUGAGACAAUGAUUAUGAUCUGCGAAUUAUUUACGCACGAACCUGACGGUGGAUCGGCCAUGGUACCAGUUACAUUAUUCAUGGAAAUUUAUGGAUACUUGGCCGGUCUUAGAUGCGAUGGUAGCGAAAGAAGUUCAUCUGAAGAAGAUCCAACAGAAUUUCUUGUAUUCGACGAGUCUAAUAGUAGUACAUCUUCGAAAGUACACGAGUCCAUCGAUAAUAACAUCUCCAUUGAUCGUGUAUAUUCGAUCGCUAGUCAAGAUACUGAAGCCGAUGUCAAUUUAGAUUUGAAUUUAAUUUCUAAGGAAGCUGCUGAUUCGUCAAAUAUGAUAAUAUCGCCAGAAAUUAGUGGGAGUUGUUCGACGCGAGAAGAUGAUUCGAACGAGAAUGUCGAUGAUAAAAUUUCGAGCAGCAAUAACACAGUUGAAUCCACAUCGGAUAAUACAUUGAAACGCGAGGAAGACAGUAAUGUUUCUGAUUUUACAAUAGAACCAAGUAAGUCAUUGAAUUCGAAGGAUCCUUGUGAAAAAUCAUCGACAAAUGAAGAUAAUCAAAAAGAUAUAAUCAAUGAUGAUGUAAAUACUGGGAAUUCGUCUGAUAAAAGAGACGUCUCGUUGAUUAAGGAACGAAAAAAAAUCAGAAUUGCUAAUGCACAAUUAAUUUCGUAUUAUCCAAAUAUUCCAGGUAUAGGACCACGUUUAUCUGCAGAAGAAGUGGCAAGCGUUGCUAUAUGGAUGAGCGAAUGUGCUAGAUUACAAGAAGGAAUGAUUGGUCCACGAAAUCUUCGACAUCCUCAAUGUCCUCCCUUAUAUAAGCAAAAACAAUCAGAAUCAUGAUAGUAAUAAAUACAAUGUAUUUGAAAUUAAAAAGAUUAGUUGUUUAAAUAUUUUAGUUGAAGAAUAAAUUACUGUUUCUAUAAUAAUAAAAAAAAAAAAAAAAAAAAAAAAAAUAUUAUUAAUAUGUUUCAAAGCAUAUAAAUUAGUUUUAUUCGUACAUCCGCCUUGUGUUUUUUCUUUCUUUCUUUUUUUUUUAAAUUUGUUAAUUGUCAUUCUAAUUUUUUCUUUUUUUUUUACCAGCAUGAAGAAAAUCAAAUUUAUUUCAAAGCUGUCGCAAUACAUGUGUAUAAAGAUUGAUAUAUAAUUUAUUUGGCAUAUAUAUAUUGGUGCAGUCAUCAUAUAACUAAUAUUAUACAUAUACCGACACACACACACACACACACACACAUAUAUAUACAUAUGUAUAUAUAUACAUAUACAUAUGUGUGUAUAUAUAUUAUGUAGAUGCAUAUGCAUAUGUGUUUUAUAUGCAAAAUCGCAAAUCGCAUGAUUUUUUUUUUAUAAUUGCACAAUGAUAUAUAUAUUGAGAUUAUUUCUUGUUAAUAUCACCAGUAUUGUCUUCUUCGUUAGAAUAUGUUUUUUCAUUUUGUUUCUUUUUUAAGUACACAAAAUUCAUUAUUGACAUACGUUUGUACAUAUACACUUUUAUAUAUAUAUAUAUAUAUAUAUUCAGGAUUUAUUAGGUUUAUUAUUAAUAAAUAUAUUUUAUUAACGAUAUCUCUCAUGUACAAUGAAUUGAUUAAAUUUUAAAGAAAAUUUUCUGUGCAACAUCAUGUACCUGAAUACACAUAAAAUGUUAUCUAGAUAUAAAUGACUAGUAUCUCUUAAUUUAUUUAAAACAUAUAUAUAUAUAUAUAUAUAUAUAUAUAUAUAUAUAUAUGUAUAUAUAUAUGUAUAUAGAGAGACAUAGAUAUGCAAUUUUUAUUUCUUAAUGUAUACGUUUGAGAUUUAUUUAUUAAGUCAUGAGCCAUUUACUUUGAUCAUAACUAUAAUCGAUCACUAAUGAAAUAUACCACAUAUCUUAUAUAAUAUCUUUCUGGAAUAAGAAAAGAAAAAAAAAAAGAGAGAAAAAAAACAAAAAAGAAUUUCUUUGUACAAAUUAAAAUUUGGUUUGUCCUUUAAGUCUUUAGUUACUUCUGUGAAAUAUUAAUGUGACCGCUUGUAAACUAUAACAAGUUAAAAGAUACUUUAAUAUCAUGCGUAAUAUACCCUUCUUAGACAUAUAAUGAAUAAAAAUUACGCUAUUAUAAAGUUAAUCUAUGUUGCGUUCAUUCACGUUUUAUAUAUGUAUCACAUAUAUAAAACGUUUAACGUAUGUUAAACGUUUAACAUAUGUAAUCACAUUAACACAUCUUCAAUAACGCAUUGCAAGUUAUUAGAUAUGUUGAUAAAUAUUUUCUAUAUAAGCGAACUAUAAUUAAAUAUUUAAUUACACUAUACACAGAGAAAAGCUAUAAACAUUUUUGCAUAACUAUUCCUCUUUUCUUUUAUCUAUGAAAAUUUGUUAUUUACACAAGA